AUGGUGCCAUCGCACUACGCCGCACCACCUCACAAGAAACGUCGCUACGGAGAUCACGGCUCUUCAUCGACGCAGGACGACUCUUUCGGAGUGCAAUCUCUGCCGGUCGCCAUACUGGCAGAUGACUUUUCCGGCGAUCCGAACGAUGGCGAAGAGUACUUGGCCGUAGUGCGACGCGAAGCAGCCGCUGCACCGGGAGUAUUCUUUGCCGCCCACAACCCGUACGCCUCGAUCACGGAAGCAUCACCACCAUCCCAACAUACAGUCAGCGAACAUGGACCUGCCGAUUCAAUUGCAUCAGCACCGUCUCAAAACAGAAACGACACCGACGACAGACUAAUCAUGCCCAUCUCAGAAUGGAGAACGACGUUCGUCGAGCAGUUCAAGAACGCACGCGAAGCACUGAGCAACCCACCGCUCGAACCGGUCAAACUCACGCGCGACGACUUGCCCAAACUCAGCAACACCGCCGCAUGGUACGCAUGGAUCCACGGUCGACCUCCUCCUGCCACCUCGAGCGAGGAAGCGGAAAAGCAAGCUUCUCGAAACUACGAGUGGCGCAUACGCGAGCCCUCUGCAAGCCUGCUGCUGCGUCUGAGCACAGAGCAGAUGUUGGCGCUGCUCGAAGCGUUUCCCUACUGGAUUGCCCAUCGUGUUCCCAUCCCGGACGGCCAGGUGAAGGCCAGUGAGAGGCAGGGUGGGGAGGUGCUGCAGCCUCUGCAUGCACGAUGGCUCUUUGCACUGUUGCUCAGGUUGGACGGCAGGCUGGUGAGUGAGGAGAUCAGUAUGUUGCGCACGCUGGCGAGGGCGUGUGUUGCUGCGAUCACGUUGAGCCGCAUCAGAAGGAAGGCGGUGCGGUCGCGUGUCAGCAAACUAGAUGCAGUAGAGACGGUGGCGAACGACGACGAGAAAAGGAUGAGAUUGGACGAAGCAGGUGCUUGGAUGGUCGUCGCCAUUAUAGCCGGUGUGUGGGGACAGUCGGAUCUUUGGGACGAUGCAGUUGUCGACAUGCAGCGUGUCACUUCCUGA